AUGCCAUCAAGACGGUUCAAAAGGGAUUAUAGCCGUGGUGGGUGCCGGGAGUGUAAACGACGCAAAAUCAAAUGCAAUGAAGCAAAACCACACUGUUCGGAGUGCACGAGAUUAGGAAAGGUUUGUUCGUACCCAGUGGAUGGAGAAAGAGUAAUCCGAGGCUCGAGGAAGAUAAUAGAAGAAAAGAAGGAAGCUUCUCCAAUUGAGGACUCUCCAAUUGUAAAGAGAGUUCGUACAGUACAAAUGUACAUGGGACCGGACCAACCAAAGAAAAAAGUUAAGUGGGAAGGGGUAGCCCUUCCAGCUAUUUUGAAUGAAAAUCAGUAUAGUAAUGGCAACUCCAUUGAGGCAUCUAAGAACGGCCAGUCACAAGACCAUGUGGCAAUGGCAAGCGAGCAAAUAGGCUAUGACCACACAACAGCUGUACCGACUCCUCCUCAGGAAUUCCCAACACUUCCACCUUUGAUGCUUGAUGAUCUUUACACUGGAGACGACCUCAACUUAUUAGCCACUGACUUGAACAAUCUCGUCAACGACAUUAUGUUUAGCUCCAACAUAACGCAAUCAUUUGACCAAAAUUUUUUGGAUCCCGCUAUAGUGACGGCUCCGUUUGUGGACAGCAUACCCAAGGAUGUACCCUACGAUUAUAUUACAUUGAAGACAGAUGACGAGAGGCGAUACAUGACACAGUUUUACGAAGAUUUUGCUCUGCAAAUCCUACCAUUUGGUGCCGAUGUUGAGAAAUGUUCUCAUUACAUAAAUCCUUUCCGUGAUGUGCUUAUGCAGUAUGCUGCUAGAGAAACUUUUCUUCUUGCGGCAAUGCUAUCACAAGGCGCGCGAUUGGCAUCGGAGCUACAGGAAGAUGAUAAAGAACGUCAAAGAGAUAUGGAAAAUUGCGGGAACUACCUAUCCACCUGUCUAAAAUUGCUAGGUCCAGCACUUAGCAGAAAUCAAGAGAAGCAGGUAAAGGGUGACUUGACGUCAAAUAUUGAAAGUAUUUUAUUGACGGUUUUGUUAUUGGCUUCGUCUAGUGCCAGUAAUGAGAAGCAAAGUUGGCGACCGCAUCUAAAAGGAGCCAAGGAUAUUAUAAUGAAGGCGACAAACAGCAAAAUUCGACUGUCUACAACUUUGAUAAUGUGCAAAAUGUGGUUUGCCGAUUUUGAGAUUUUGGCUGGAUUGAGCUCAAUGAUGGGCGGUACCCUUCGCACAAAGGAAGAAAUGAACGUGGUGCUCAACUUUGACGGCCCUUAUGAACAAUCAGUAUUGAGAGAGUUUGGUCUAAUACAGGACAAUGGGUUUUGCGUAGUAAUGGGGUACCACAUUGACUGUCUUGAAUAUUUCAAAGACCUUUCUGAUUUAUUAAGGCUCAAGAGAAGUGACCCACAGAACUCAGCUGAUCCACUUGAAUGCGCUAAAUUGAUUGCAGGGUUUCGCGCUCAACAUGACAAGAGAUUUGCGCGUAUAGAAACAAUGCCUGAUGGAGAAAUUGCUCAUGGCUUAUUGUGUGACAUCGUGCGGAAACAGGAUGGUCAUCCCAAGAUGAUCUCGUGGCUGGAUAUUUCACAACAGGCAUAUACCCUCGCGGGCUUGGUCACCGUAUUUACGCGAAUGCUCGAAAUACCAGUUGAUUCACCACAUGUGAAGUCUCUAGUUGCCAAGCUAGUUGAUUUGGUGCGAGUAUUUGACAACUCGACGGCACAUGAAACCAUGUCAUUUCCAUUUGCCUUUCUGAUGAUUCAAUGGCCAAUGUCCAUUGCCGGUUUUGCUUGCACUGAACUCGCAGAGCAUUCAGUGAUUGAGAAAUUCUUUGGAUUAUGCUACAGGACCGGUUCAUAUAGCGCAAACUUGACCUUGGAAAGAAUAAAAAAAGUGUGGGAACUACGAAAGGCAGGUAAACCGGUAAACUAUACGGAUUUUGAAAGUACCGUAGAUAGAAUUACGUAUUAA